ACGAGCAGGCGCAAGCCAUCCAUUCUUAGCUUGUGCUGCACUCUGAUGAGACAGAAGCAACGAUGGGAUUGGGCAGCUCUACACACACAAGUACACACACGCACGCAGGCAUGCGAAGUGGCUUCUCGACGUUACUUUGACAUGACCUCGUGAUUGUCGUUGGUCGUGGCUCCAAAUCAACACACACACUGCACACAACAUCAGGCGACCCGCUGUGCUGCAUUUUCACUUUUGUCUCUCUCUGAACACCAACACAAACCACCAAGACCGACCCACCAACGACGACAAUGACCGCCAUGAAGCUCGCGUUCCUCGUCGCCGCCCUUGUUGCCCUCGCGGGGACGGCAGCGGCUGAGCAGCAGUCGUGUGCUGAAGUGCAGGUGACGACCAGCACGCAGUGCAACGCGCAGUGCGACAACAACUGCGCCUGCUCGUUUGUCAGCUCCAACGACUUGUACGUGUGCUCGUGCACGGAUACGCAGACCUCUGCCACCGUGUUUGAGUGCAGCGACUUUGACAGCAACAACUUCGUUCCCAGCGCCGACCAGGUUCGCCAGUACCUGAUCGCCCUGCUCCCAGACCGCUGCCAGGGCCCCGUCAAGAAGGCCAUCAACCAGGACGUGGUGGAUUGCAUCCUCAACGCCAACGAGACCUUCUCCUUCUUCGACGACGAUGACGGUUUUGAUGACAGCAUGGGCGACGACGACGACUUUUACCAGCCAGACAGACUGGCAGAGGUCUGCGACAACACGUGCAUCAUCAAGCUCUUCAGGGCCAUCAACAUCCUCGUCGACUCUGAGUGCCUGCCUGCCGGUCCGGACGACGACACGCCGCUCACGGGCGACGACGACCCAACCGAUGACGACUUCUUCGGCUCCUUUGGCGCCAUCUCCGGCUACCAGGCGCUGCUGGGCCUCGUGUGCACCAAGUCGAGCGAGAACGGCGAGUACUGCGGCCAGCUCAUCCCGGUUCUGCAGGCGUUUGAGGAGAGCCCUGGCGACUUUGGCGCUGCUCAGUGCAUGCAGAUUGUCAACUACGGCAACUGCCUCGGCAGCAUCCGUGCCACCCUCGAGGCACACCCGAACCUGUUUGGCGUCCAGAUUGAUGCGGAGUUAUUUGUGAGCAACCUCAACACGUCGUGCGCGCAGAUGGGCGUCACCGGCGUCUCAGAGUCUGCAGAGGGCACUGAAAGCCCCUCCAACAUCUCAUCCAGCGCAGCCUCCGCCGUGUCUGGCGUGGUCGCCUUCGUUGCCGCCGCCAUCGCCGCUGUGCUCCUCGUUUGAGAUGUUGUAGCCCCUUUCCCCUCCCCCCCCCACACGCACACAUGCGUGCGUGCACGCUCACUGUGUCACCACUUUCCUCCUACUUGCACCCAUCCUCAUCCCUCCAACACUUGCCGUGUGUGCUUGUGCUUGCUUGGGCUUGCACGUGGUGUGUAUUCUCGUACGACCAGCGUAUGCCGUGUGAUACCGACCAAUGAGCACACAGCAAGUAAACCACCAAAUGGGCAAGGGAAAGCUUGUAUACACCUUGAACACAG